GAUGGGCGGGCGGAGCGGAGGCAGCACAUGGUGCGCGCGACUGUGGCAUGCUCUCCGCCCGCCUCCAUGCUCCCGCGUGCACGUUGCGGCGCACUCUGCCAUAUUUCAUAUGGCUGUUCUGUUCCCACGGUCGAUCAUCCCAUAUCAGCGCGAAAACGUCUUGUUUGUCGACAAGCAAAUCCUUCACCCGCUCUAUCGCAGUUAUCCUACCUCCCUGUCUUUUUCUCGAGUCCCCUUAGACUUUCCGAAUCGAGCUUUCCGGAGCAGCGCCAGGCGCCACGAUGCAGGUUGCGCAGCUUUUCGCGGCCCGCGAGCAGGCGGCUUGGGUUGACAGCGCGGGCGCCGACGCACCGACUUCCAACGCGCCCGCGGCUCCGCGCGGCGUCAUCCCGCUGCAGCUGCCCGACUCCGACGACGACCGCGCGGCAGCUCAAAGGCGCGGGCGCUCAGUACUGAGCGCGGGCAGCAGCCGCGAGUACGGCCGCGCCGAUCCCUCGGAUGCGUGGCGCGCCAUCGCUGGUCUCGACCGCGCGGACGGCGGCGAGAAGAGCCCGCGGCGGAGCCCGAGGGGCCGCGCCACUGCCCGCCAGGUCGGGCAGGUGGGGCUGAGCCCGAGAGGCCGCCCCGCCGCGAACAUGUUCAAGCGGACCCGCGGGGCGUCUCCCCGCGAGGAGCGCGACGAGUGGCCGGCGAGCGUGGGCGCAAGCGACGGCGCGGGCGCGGGCACUGGCAUGAUCAGCCCGCGAUCCCCGGCAGGGCCCAAGGCGCCCCUUGCAUCCCCUCCUGUCACCCCCGGUCGCGGGUUUCCCAGCCCGCGGACAGCGGGCGCCCUGCCCAAGAGCGCCAGCGCCAGCGCCAGCAGCAGCGGCCGCAACCGCAGAAGAGACGCGGGGCUCCUGUCGCCGCGCGGCAAUGGCGGCGAACUCAGCGAGACGAGACCAUGGCGACGGGUGGACGGCACCGGAGAGUCGCGUUUCUCCGAGGAGCGGGGCGACGCGCGCGAGGGCGAGUCGAGCGCGUCGUCCACGCCGCGCGGGGGCGUGGCGGCGAGAAGGCGCGUGCCGUAUUCACUCUCUUCCCCCGCGGCUGUGUCGCCCCCCGUCUCCCCCGCCACCGUGCUGCCAAGCCCCUCCUCCGAUCGCGUCGCGCAGCCGCUCUCCCCCGUGCUGCUCCCGUUGUCCGCUCUGCGCGCGCUGCGCGCCGUGUGCCCGCACUGCGCGGCGGAGCUGGCGGUGGCGGUGCAGAUCGGCGCGGACGGCGCGGCGACGCUUGGAGUGGAGGCGGCCGCGCCGUGGGAGGGCGGCGGACUGUACGACCCGCCGCCGCUGACGCCCCCCUGGCGACGACAGCCGCGGUUGAGGCAGCAGGCGGCGGGGAAGCAAGAGGAACUGCGCGCGGAAAACAUCGCGUCUCCGCGGCCGCGCGUUGCGGGCCAGAGUGCGAGUGGCGGCGUUGUGACGAAAAGCAAAGCAGAGUCGGCGAAGGCUCGGCACCGCCGAAUCCAUAGCGCGAUCGAAGGGCUGGUAGUGGACGGCUUGGCGGAAGACGGAACGGCAGAGAAAGGCACGGCAGCGGAAGGAGUGGCGGGAGCGGUGGAGGUUGACGGUGGCGAGGGGACUUCCAGCGGGCCGAGGGACGCGGAGGAGGGAGACGGAGGAAAGACGUCGGGGGAGGAUGGGGAGGGGGAGCGGGAGAGGGCGAGGGAGGGGACCCGUGGGCUGUUGGAGAGCAUGUCGGAGGGGGAUUUGAGCCAAGGCGGCGGGGGAAGCGGCGGGGAGAGCAAAGAGAGCGCGGCGGAGGCGGAUGGCAGGGGCGGCGGAGUGGAGAGCGACGGGAAUUUCGGGGCGGAGGGGGGUAGGGGGGGUAGGCGGGCAGAGAGGGGCGGCAGGCGGAUCCCUUUGUCUCCCGCGCUGGGCGCACGGCGGGGCGAGCCGAGCGGGCAGAGGGGAGGCGGCGGGCAGGUCAGGAGGGCGGCAAGCCCGCUGUCGAUCGCUGUGGGCGGGGAGGGGCAGGGGCAGCAGGAAGAGGAGGAGGGGGGCGGCGGAACUCCGAACUCGGGGGGCAGCAAGGCGCACCGGCGCUUCACGACGUGGGACGGCGGCAGCAGCGUGAGCGCGGGCGCGAGCAUGGCGCCAUGGGAGUUCGUGCUGCGGCGCGCGUACCGCGACGUGGGCGAGUGGUUCGACGUGCGCGAGCAGCAGCUGGGCGUGGGGCAGUUCGGCGUCAUCCGCGCGUGCGUGCGCCGCACCACGGGGGUGACCUUCGCGUGCAAGACAAUCCGCAAAGACUGCGUUCUGGUGAGUGGCUUGGGCACCUCUGGGUAAUACAUAGGCGGUACGCCAGGAAGCC